AUGGAUCAUCAAGAGUUUAACAUAUUGCCCGAAGGCUGUGUUUCUACAAUUCUUUCUUUCACAUCCCCACUAGAUGCAUGCAAGUCUUCAUUGGUUUCAACUAUAUUUCAAUCAGCUGCAGAUUCUGAUGGAGUUUGGGAAAGAUUUUUACCUUCUGAUUGUCAAGAUAUAGUCUCAAGGUGCAUGGUCCCUUUGAAGUUUUCUUCAAAGAAAGAGCUUUUUCUUCGUCUUUGCAACUCUCUUCUCAUAGAUGGUGGUAGAAAGAGCUUCAAGUUAGAGAAAUCAUCAGGCAAGAAAUCUUUUAUGCUAUCUGCAAGAGAUCUUCACAUAACAUGGAGCAAUGAAUCUCAAUAUUGGCACUGGGCAUCUCUACCUGGAUCAAGGUUCUCUGAAGUGGCUGUGCUUAGAACAAUGUCUUGGCUAGAGAUUGUGGGCACGAUUAAGACACAAAUGUUAACCCCCAACACUAAAUAUGGAGCAUAUCUUAUUCUAAAAAUCAGUGACCGUUCAUAUGGGCUUGAUUUAAUGCCAUCAGAGAUAUCAGUUGAAGUAGGCAAUAAUCAAGUAUCAAGAAAUACAGCCUAUUUACGUCUUGCCAGAGAACAUGCCAGGAAACAACAAAUGGAGAGCCUGUUUUACAGGAAUCGCAUGGAAAGUUUAAAAUCAAGGGUGGUAGAAGGGGAUGGCAGCGUCCCAAGUGAAAGAGAUGAUGGAUGGUUGGAGAUUGAGCUGGGAGAGUUCUUUAGUAGUGAAAAUGAUGAGGAAGUGAAGAUGAGUUUGAUGGAAGUAAAAGGUCAUCAUUUGAAAGGUGGGCUCAUCAUUGAAGGAAUUGAAGUGAGGCCUAAACAUUAA